AAUGAUCAGUUGGUGUCCACAUCCCCAUCCUCCUCACCUCAGCACCAAUCAGCCACACACAGCGACAGGAGACACCUCACCUCCAGUCAUCGCCCCACGGACAACAGCCUUAACCCGGACGCCAUCACAAACAUAUACCUUUCCUUCUACUUUUCUUCGCAUUAACAAUGGCGUUUUGUGCGUAAAGAUGGUGUUUGUGUAGUGAUCACUCGGCGCGUGUUUAUUGUGUAUUCAUCGCAGUAAUGUGCUGCUCUAGUGUCUGGAUUGUCUGUUUCAUAGCUACAAUGUGGAGAGGAUAAACCAGGAUGGUAACGUCUUGUGUCUAACAAGCUUCACCUUGACAAAAACCAACUGCUACCCUCCCCCAAAUAUUUCUUGUGAGCGCUUGAAACUUAGCAGUCAUGUCUAAUCUUAACAAUGCACUUUGCAUUGAAAGCGGCCAAAGCACAGACGUGUCACUCUUGCAAAAGGAUAAUCUUCAGGACGGUGGAUUAAGCCAGCUGUUGGAUUACAAUGCCGAAAUGGAAAGGUACAGGUCGUUUGCAAACUUUUACAAAACUAAUGGGGCAUUUCCACAGACUGCUAAGAUUGCCCGCAUAACGACACCAAUUUUUCCCAGUGCCAGAAUCGGUGUGUCCCCUUGGAACUGUGAUAACAGCAUGCUCUGGGGAAGGAAAUCAGCAGCAAUAAACCCUAAUAGGACCAGCAUGCAUAGAAAUGACUCCCAAAGGCCGGGGAAACCUGGCGUGCCGCCAGAGACGCUGCAAAUGGCAAAUAAUAAUUUCCUCUCUAGCUUAUCCCCUGAACACUGCAGACCUUUAGCAGGAGAAUGCAUGAACAAGCUGAAAUGCGGUGCUGCUGAAGCAGAGAUAAUGAAUCUCCCGGAACGUGUUGGAACUUUUUCCGCUAUUCCGGCUUUAGGGGGCAUCUCAUUACCUCCCGGGGUCAUCGUCAUGACAGCCCUUCACUCCCCCGCAGCCUCAGCAGCCGUUACAGACAGUGCGUUUCAAAUUGCCAAUCUGGCAGACUGCCCACAGAAUAAUUCCUCUGCAUCCAGCGGAAACCCAGCAAAAAAGAAAAGGAAAAGGUGUGGGGUCUGCGCGCCCUGCAGGAGGCUAAUCAACUGUGGAGUGUGCAGCAGUUGUCGGAACCGUAAGACGGGCCACCAGAUCUGCAAGUUUCGGAAAUGCGAGGAGCUAAAAAAGAAGCCUGGCUCAUCACUAGAGAGAACACCGGUAAACAACGGGGAAGCAUUUCGAUGGUUCUUUUAGGACUCUGAACCAAGUGACAUCAUAUGCAGGUGUCACAGACUUACUACAAAAGGAACUUGCAGGGCAACAGGGACCCAAAAUGAAACCCAGACUGUGGAUGACAGAGCAUGAGAGAGGGUGGGACAAAAAAAAAAACACCUUUGUAAUUUUAUUUCCUGUGUAAUAUUGUAAUUUUGGCAGCAUCAUAAUGUAUAUUUUUCAGUGUCUAUCAAUGUGUUUCAGUGUCUUGGUUGUGCAAGUUGCAGCCAUUCUUGUAAAGAACUGAGUAGACAAUCAUUACAAACAGGAGAAAAUAAUGUCAACCGAUGGGCUAUUGGCCAAAGGGAUCACAAACCUCUUUAAAACACAACUUAAAUCUUUAGAUCUGGAGCAAUAAUCAUAAAGGUAAUUUGUCUCUGUCAUCAUAUUCCAGCUUUCUCUGGAAUGAUCUUAAGAAUACCUCUUUUCACCUAAACCAGUUUGAGAGGACACGUUGUGACCUCUGUUAUUAAUGUGAUGUUUUGUAAUCGACACACUAUGUACGAACAGUAAACAAAAGCCAGUUUCUUUAUUUUCAGCUGUGUUGAUUUUGUGUGGCAUAUUGCAGUGCAGGGCACAUUAUCUUGUUGCCAUGGCGUAUUUUUUAAAGUCUGGUAAGACUGAGAGAAGGUGUUUUAAGGUUGUUUGUAUAGUCUCUCAAAGUUUGAUUGCAUUCCACUUAGUUUUGGUUGAAA